AUGGCCAAUCGCUCUGGUGAUUUUUUCUUUGAGCUCACCGGUUUUCCGGGAAUUCCUCCGCAGUUUGACAUUCUAGUUUCCUUCAUGAUGUUCAUUUUGUAUAUGGCAACCUUGUUCUCGAAUGGAUCUGUAAUGGUCUUGAUCACCAUGAAAGAGAAACUGCACGAGCCUCUGUAUAUAAUGAUCGCCAACCUGGCUUUCUCCAACCUCUUCUAUGACACCGUGACCUUACCAAAAUUUAUCGCCAAGUACUGGAUCGACGGUGGAAGGAUAUCUCUCCUUGCAUGCAUCAUUCAGGUGUAUUUCGUCCACAUGUUGCCUGGAAUAGAUGCCUUUAUACUCAUGUUGAUGGCUUUUGAUCGCUACGUUGCUAUUUGCAAACCAUUGAGGUACUCGUCCAUCGUCACCCACAGAGUCUCUCUGGCCGCCUGCGGGAUGAUGUGGCUUAUCAUUGCCCUGUGUGCACUCAUGAACCUGCUCAUUUUAAAGCAUUCUUUCUGUGGUCCAAAUAAGAUUGUUAGCUUCUUCUGCAACAGCUCAACCCUAAUACUUUUGGCCUGUGAUGAAAAUAAUUCCACUCGGGCAACCCUUUUGACCACUGGUUUGGUUCUUCUUUUCUUGCCUUUGACUUUCAUCAUAUUGUCCUAUGCCAUCAUCCUGUCGAUCAUCACACUAAACCAUUCUAAGGGUUGGAGGAAGGCUCUGUCUACUUGUACAACACACUGGAUUGUCAUGGCCUUGUUCUAUGUCCCUCGGGUAUUUGUGUAUAUAGCCAAUUACGCCAGACUGAUCCUUUCUCCAGAUCUCAGUGUCUUCCUUAUCUUUCUGUACUCGUAUUUGCCACAUUUAGCCAACCCUCUAAUAUACUGUCUGAGGACUGAGGAGAUCAAAAGGACAAUCAACAACAUAUUUAAAAGUAAAUUAGGAACUUAGGGACUUCUGGCCCAUUGUUCUGCCAUAAUCUUUCAUUUAUUUGGAUUUUGUAUGUUUGUCACUGGUUAUAUAGUAUCCAGACUACAGAUGUCUGCUGGAACAAGGAACACUUAUUUUUGUAAAAAUAAAAGAAACAUCUCCAUGGUGCAGCAUUGGCAUUCCUUUUAUUGCAGUUCUUUCCAUUUUAGGCUAGGUUCACAUUCUGUUCUGGGUCCAUCCUGCUCUUUUUGUCGGUGCCGAAUGGAUCCAAAACGGG